AUGGCGGCAACACCGACUAUAUUCUUACACGCAGAACUAUUACCAAAUAUUCGGCAACUGACCCUUCACGUGUCUCUGCUGAAAUCCGCCUCCGAAAUCGACCUCCGCGAAUCUACAAUAACAUUGACCGAGUCCUGUCGUGCAGUCACAGUUUCUACCCAUCAUCAGGGCGUGGAACUAGUAGAAACGCUCAAGUUACCCGUCAAAGUCACCGACGCAUCGAGACGCAACCUCAGCUUCGCAGGACAUCGUGUCGAUAUAGGCGGAGCAGAGCCCGAAGCGCAAACGGCCGAAUAUUCGUUUAGAUUACAAGUUGAUCCCAACGAUACCGGACUAACAAUUCCAAACCAGGUGCUUCAGGACGAUGAUUAUGUCCCCUGGACCGCGAGUGAUGUGUCAACCUGCGUUGCAUUGCAUUGUAGGUUUUGCAAGCAGACGAUCGUUGAUACCACUUCAAAGGCCGACACAAGCUCUCCCUGGCAGUGGAAAGAUCUCCCAAGCGGUAACUGGGCCGAGAUGAUGGAUUUCUGGCACUGUCACAAACCUGAUGUGCAUCCCGAUGAAAAAGAGGAUCAAAAAAAUAUUGAAGCACAGAACGCCUCAGUCAAGGGAUAUGGAGCUUCUAAUCGAGUAGUUGCGACGCCGCGAACUGGACUUGUUGAUGUUGCUUCUUUCCUAGUCGCAGAAAGCGAUUGCCAUGGUAUUAAAGUGCUUGAACAGCGACCAACCUCAAACUCCGUCAAAUCAACGUUAUACGGCGGAAAGAACCCAAUGAAUCUUGGAUGUUCCAGAUGCAGUGCAAUCAUAGGAACGGAAGACUCUGUCGCAGAAGGCCUACGAUUAUACAAGAACAACAUUUCCGUGCAACACGCGGGUGCAACAGAAGACGUAUAUGAAACGCAUUCAAUAGAUAUUAUCACAAGCUCUCAACUCUUGGAUCUGAUUGACCAUGAAGGUGUUCGACGAUUCGUCAUUCAUGCUGGUCAGUCAGAUGGGAUUCUGCUAUGGGUCUUCAACCCUGAUCUCCGCUAUUCAAGCUCAAGCGCAAAUCACAGCAUAGGAUCAAGACGUGCCAUGAAAGUCCUAUACCAGCACGUGAAAGACGUCGAAGGCAUCCUAGAACCCGAAAAUGGCGCACCAACCCCUCUCUCGUUGGAAGAAUUAUUCCUCCCUAAAAAUAUAUACGACGAGUUGGUUCUGUCCCUACAACGUAGCAAUCUCUUGAUCCCGAUAUCUGCAAGGAUCUUUCGCGAGUGGAAUGUCGCACUGCUAGAUCGUCUUGAGAAACAUCCAUGA